AUGGUUGGUCACUUGGUUGAAGCAGGAGAAACAAUGGAAUAUGGCAAGAACCAUGAAGGCUACUGGUGUGGUGAGAAUUUCUGCACUCAGCUUACUGAGAAAAUCAUCCCCACAUUUGAGCAUGCUUGCUGUCCCAGAUAUCAAGCACUAUUUCUCAUUGACAACUCUCAAGGACAUUCUGCAUAUGCUGAGGAUGCUCUUCUUGGUGGAAACAGGCCAACAUGUGGAAUGGGUAGUUUAUCCAAGAUGGCAUUUGAGUUGAGCAGGAAAUGUCAUUCCCACUUGACCAUCUGGAACAUCCUGGUGAACCAAAGGACCACCUGGUUAUGGGAGCAUCAGACUCACAGGUGGUUGGAUGCCUAUCAGUCAGGGCUCGGGACAAAAGAUGCACAGCUGAAGGUCCAGCAAUUCAGUUUGACCAAGUUCCGGAGACUGCAGCACAACUUUUUGACUGACUUUUUGUUUGUCUCAUCAAAAGGAACAUUUUUACAGCAGGACAUUAGCACACAAUUGGUGGCACCUAAUGUCAAGCGCAAACUCAUAGAUGCUGAGGAUGACAUUACUGAUGAUGACUUGAUUGAGGACACUCUAAUUGAGGACAACCUCAUGAUUGAGGAUGGCCUUGUCGACAAAGACUUGCCCUCCUCCAAAAUCAAGUUUGUGGCUCACAUCAAGCCUGUGGUCAAGACUGAGUACAAACCAGUGUCCUUGCAGUUGACUUCUACAGUAACCAGCAUUGGCGUCAAAUAUAAUGCCCCCCCCUGCAGCAAAGCAGCUGAAGUCUUCUCACAGUGUGUCCAGCAUCCCAAGUACCAUUGUCCUGCAUGA